AUGUCCAUGCGUGACAAAGUCUUCGCGGUUACAGGCGGCGCCAGCGGCAUCGGCCUUGCCACGGCCAAAAUGCUCGCCGAGCGAGGCGCCAUUGUCUGCAUCGCCGACGUCAACCUGCAAGCCAUAGAAGACGCCAAGUUGUACUUCCAGGCGCAGUACCAGGAGCUUUGUGCGGAACGAUUUGCCUUUAACAAAGUGGAUGUGUCGAAGCGCGAGGACGUGGAUGGCUGGAUCUCCGACAUCGUGGCCUUGUUUGGACGGCUCGACGGCGCCGCCAAUGUUGCGGGCGUGAUUGGCAAGAACCAUGCUGCAGGGACACUGGCGGAUCUGGAGGAUGACGAGUGGGAUCGCUUGAUGAACAUUAAUUUGAAAGGAUGCAUGUAUUCACUUCGCGCAGAGCUGCGCAGCAUCGAGGACCGGGGGUCCAUUGUCAAUGUUGCCUCUAUACACGGAACCAAUGCAAUGGCAUUACAUGCAGCAUAUGGCGCGAGCAAGCACGGCGUCAUCGGCUUGACCAGUGCCGCGGCUAAAGAAAACGGUAACCGCGAGAUUCGCAUCAAUGCCGUCGCGCCCGGCGCCAUUUACACGCCUAUGAUGCAACAAUCGCUGAUCCAGCUUGGACAAGAGCCAGCAGAACCAGAGAACAGCGAUCUGAGCGCCAUUCCGAGACAGGGAAGGCCGGAAGAGGUCGCGUCUGUGAUUUGCUUCCUUUUAGGACCGGAGAGUACCUAUGUCACGGGGGCGGUGUACCCGGUCGAUGGAGGAUGGCUGUAG